AUGCAACAUAAUAUUAAUAGCAAUAACACGAAUGUUGAGAGCUCCAAUAACGAUACUAAUGCUUGUACAGAUACUAAUACCCUAAUUUCUGAAACACCCGAAGUAAAUCCACCCGCCAAUACCAGAGAGAGUGAGGAUAUAACCAGCCAUUCCCAAGUAUUGGUAGAGGAUAAAAUGACUGAAGCACUAAUGGUAGAAUUAAUGAAAGAUGAUGAUCAGAUUGACAUGGAGACUGACCCAAUAACCGAACAAAUGUUAUUAGGCCCAGAUGAUGACAAUAUUAACCAUGACACUGCAACUAACAAUAAUACCCAAGACUCCUCAGACUCGAAUGGACUAGAAGGCUUAACACAGAAAACGCCAGAUAUUACACGUAAACAUCACCCCUCUAAUACUAAUUAUGUUAACCUAGAUACUAACCAGACCAGAAACAUUAUUAACAGUAUUCCUAAUAAUUUACAUAGGACCUUUACGGCAUUAAAUAACUAUAAAUUUAAUCUUCACAAAACUAAUACCCUACUAGAUAAGCUUGAGCAGCACAAGGAGAUGAAUACCACCCCAACAGGCCUCGUACCUAAGGUGGAAUGCAGG